AUGGCAGCGGCUCCGGGAAAGACCUGCGAGGGCAAGCGGAGGGAGCCCGUGAGCCCCAGUCCUCCUCCCCGUGCGCCGCCUCCACCUGCCCCACGCCCCGGGCAGUUUCCGGCCGGCGGGCGCCCCGCGGCUCGGGCAGGGAAACUUUCACGGGGCCUGGAAGCCCGCUCCGCGCUCCGCCGAGCCCCGCGCGCCCGGCUCCAGGCGCCUCCGCCGCCCUCUCGAGACCGCAGCUUCCUUCCUCGCCCCGGGGGGCGAAGCCGGCGGGGGGAGGGGGCUCAGGCGGGACCCAGCUCCCGGCAGGGCGGCUCCGCCUUCCUCGCUCUCGGCCUCCGCGCCCGGAAUCUUCCCAUCCCUCCGGCGGCGGUGGAUGGGGCGCAGCGCGACCCCGCAGCGGUGGCGGCGGCGGCGGCGGCGGCUUCUCCCAUCACUCGGAGGAUGCCCGGGCCGGCAUCGCCGGCGGCGCCCGCCGCUCCGCAGCCUCCGACUGGCCCGGGAGGGCUCGCCACGCACAGCAGUCGGCCGGGGAGCCCGAGUCCGCAGCGCUCCCUUGCCGGCCCGCCCCCCGGCACCAGCCGCUCCGGGCCAACGAGGUCUCGGGGCAGAGGAAGCCCCCGCCGCCGCCGCCGCCGCCGCCGCCGCGCGAAAGCGGCGCCCGGGAGGAUGCUGCUACCCGACUCCCCCUACGCCGAGCGGCUGCAGCGCGCCCGGGCCAGCCUCUGCGCGCUCCUGCCAGCCUGCGCCGGGUUGGUGCGCGCCGCCGUCCGUCGCCGCGGCUCCUCCCCCUCGCCGCGCCGCCCUCCUCCUCCGCCCGUCCCGCGCCCGCCCCCUCGCCGAGUCGGGCUCCCGCCGCCGCCGCCGCCGCCGCAGCAGCCGCCGUGGGGGCUGGAGGUCGGGGCUCGAGUCCCCGGACGCCGCUCGGGCCGCCGCCCCCACGACCCGGGCCGUAGCUCCUCCUGGGCGCGGGCGCGGGCGCGGGGCUCGGAGAAACUUGGGAGACGCCUUGCGGCUGCCGGGCUCAGCCGCACGUUUCUGCGGUCGGAAAGAGCCGGCGAUAAAGUUUGGGCAGGAGCCCGCACCCCCGCCCCCCGCGCCCCCCAGCGGCCGCCCCCUCGGCUCCCCCUCGGCGUCGGCACCGCCCGCCCCUCGCGGGGCCCAGGACGCCCCCGGGCCCGGUGCGCGCUCCGAGGACGCCGAGCGCCGCUUGCAGGCUUCCCGCUCCCGGCUCGCGCGCCCCGGCCGGCCUGCGGCUUCUAG